AUGGAUCUGCUCCACAGCUGGGGGGUUGAGCUGGCGGUCCACCUGCAGACCACAUACAGCAAGUAUGAGGGCCUGUUCAGCCUGGCGUCGACGGUGGCCGACCUGCACACCACGUUCUUCUUUUUCUUCCCUAUCUGGUUCCACCUGCGGAGGGACACGGGGCUCAGGCUCAUCUGGGUGGCGGUCCUCGGAGACUGGCUCAACUUGGUCCUGAAAUGGGUUCUGUUUGGGGAGAGACCGUACUGGUGGGUUCAUGAGACCCAGUUUUAUGGAGCAGGACCGGCCCCCUCGCUGCAGCAGUUUCCCAUCACAUGUGAGACCGGACCAGGAAGCCCCUCAGGUCAUGCUAUGGGUGCAGCUGGCGUCUGGUAUGUGAUGGUAACAGCAGUGCUCUCUAUAGCAACAGAGAAGCGAUGCCCCCCUUUAUUAUACAAAUUCUUGCAGGCAGGCCUGUGGAUGUUAAUGGGCCUGGUAGAGCUGGUGGUCUGCAUGUCCAGGGUCUACAUGGCGGCCCACUUCCCACAUCAGGUCAUUGCUGGGGCCAUCACAGGUGUUCUUGUAGCUGAGGUGGUCUCAAAGGGGAAAUGGAUCCACAGCGCCAGCAUGAAGAAAUACUUCUACACGACCCUCUUCUUGACCUCUUUCGCUGUUGGCUUCUACAUCCUGCUCAAAGCUGUGGGCGUGGACCUGCUGUGGACCCUGGAGAAAGCCCAGAAGUGGUGCGUGAGGCCCGAGUGGGUCCACCUGGACACCACGCCCUUCGCCAGCCUCCUGCGUAACAUGGGCACCCUGUUUGGCCUGGGCCUGGGCCUGCACUCGCCCCUCUACACCGAGACCAAGAGGAAGAAAUCAAGCACCAGUUUCAAGAUGGGAUGUAUUAUCAUCUCCUUAUUUCUGCUGAAGCUGUUGGAUGGAUGGACAUUUUCCUCUGAAAAUCUUGUGACUUUCUACUUCCUGUCUUUCGGUAAAAGUGCAUUUGCACUUUUAAUCCCGACCACUCUGGUCCCCUGGUCUCUCUGCUGGAUUUGCAAGGAAAAGGGACAAGACAAGAACCUGUGA